AUGAAAGUUGUCGUGCUGAAAGACUUCACUACCUACCCCGAAACUGUCCUACAAGAGCUAUCAGACGCAGGUGCAUGUAUUUGGUCAAUGGGCACUUAUGCAGGUGAUCAUGCAGUGGAUGUCGAGUACCCGCUUGCAUUCGCGACCUCUUUUGCGAAAACGCUACUUGGACGUACGAAGAAGUUCCGCUUGUUAUUUUUGAGUGGUGCUCUCGCAGAGCAGGACCAAAACAAGACCUUGUGGUUCUAUCAAGCCGCGCGACGGGCAAAG